AUGUUGAUUUUGGCUCCCAUACCACGUAUUGGUAUUAGUUGGCUGAUCCUGGCCGUUGUGACUCCAAUGGCCGCGCAUGAGCAAUCGAAUUCUGUUGUCGGCACUGGGAAGCCGCUCACAGGAAAAAAGGUGGUGAUGCCGCAGGUAUUCAUCACUCAUCGACAAGAUCCACCGAAGCCAAAAAUGAAAGUUGGAUUGGGGCUAUUAAACUCUAAGACCUCCAAUUUGAAAAGUCCCUCACAGUUUGCCGACAAAAUUGACAUGGCUCUGAUCAUGACUGUUGAACCAGGAUUUGGAGGCUGCACGAAAAUUCAUGUGAUCAAUGAUGACAAGGUAACUGUUUCUGUGAAAAAAAUUUGGUUAUACUUUCCGAAUAAGAAGGACUGUAUGGAAAGCUUUUUCAGGUCCGCCACGUUGAAGGAAAGCUUACGCCUUCAUCGUCAAGCAUUUCAAGUAGAUGGCGGUGUAUCAGCUUCAAAUAUUCAGAUACCAGCUGAAGCCGGCGCGAAUGUGAUCGUCUCAGGCACAGGUGUUGUCAAGGCGCCUUGCCAGAAAACUGCAAUCACCCAACUUCGAGAAGCUGUUCAAGCCGCCAUCACAAAGGGUUACUAG